GCUAACCUGAGUCUAUUUCUGAUUGUUUGUGUAGGUCGUGUUAUCCUAGCUGAGAGAAUGUUCUAGUUGUUGCAAAGGUGAGGUGGUGAGUAUAAAAAUUCAGACUAAUUUUUUUUUCUUCCCUACAGUCAUUACAGCGCAUAGAAGAAUUUUAGGUUUGAGAUCAUGUUACUCUGAGUGUGUCCGCAUUGGCAAGCUGAAAUGUUUGUUUGAAAGACUACGCUGCGAAUUGAACCCGCGUCUCUUGGUUGCUUACUAAAUUGAUCUAUAUACGAGUUCAAGUCAGUUCGAGUAUACAGUGGGUCAUAUUUCGGAACUCAAUCUACGGUUCUUUCCAGGCUUUUAGGAAAGGACGCCCAAAUUCUGGGGGGAAAGAAAAAUUAUUUCAAUGAUUUCCCCAAGUAUAUUAAUAUAUCCGAAACAAAAUACAUUCAAUUCUCAUUAUUAUUAUACAAUUGACAUUUUGAUCAAUUUCAUGGUGUACCUGGCUGAAUGAAAAUGUCGUAGUUAAGUAAAGAAGCAUAGCGGCACAAACUCACAAAGCCAAGUGUGUUUGAAAAAUUUCGAAUGAGCUUGGAACAGAUACUGACAUGAAGUAACGUAAUUUCAAAGGUUUUCCAGAGGAACGUUUUCUCGAACCCACCCUCCCCCCUCUUUACUGUAGAUGUAUCGUUAUACCAAAAUUGGACGCCCUCUUCAGCACCCUGGCUAAAAGCCUGGUUCUUUCGAUAUCAAUGUUUAUCGUUUAUCGUUUACCAAGGUUUACAGUAUACGAAAUGUUAUUCAGGAAGUUGUCUGUAUGGUUGGUGUUAAGUAAAUAUUUCUACUCUAUAUUGAUUUUAGACUUCCUGCAUUCUACCUUAUGAUUUUAACAUUGUCGAGAACGUUUUCGAAAAUUUAUUGAAAUUUAUUUGAUUGUCAGGUAAACGAUCGUUUGCGAUUUACGUCCGUAUAACAACUUCCAAUAAUGCUAGCGCUAAUCCUUAACAAUUCUGUUUGCAAUUACGUUUGACAAAAAUGACAAAAUCAAACAAACAACGAAAGUAAACAAUUUGUAUUACAGCUCUCGAAAUAGUCCUGGACAAAACUGUAUUUAUAAGCUUUUAGUAAUUUUAUUCUCUUAUAUACUUUAUUUUAAUAUGUUCUAUUCAAAUUGUCCAACUAGAAAGCUAUAGGGUACAUGUACCAUGCACGUGAGCAUGAAUUUUAUCAUCGAAUCACCCCCAUGCGUCGUAUUAAAUGCAGAGUGAUUUCGAUCAUAUUACCAGAAUGAUUUGAUUAAUUAUAUCAUCCGCGGGUGAUAUGAUUCGCAAAAAUCAGUGGCGAUCACUCGUAUACGAGAUGGCUGACAACAUCAAGACUGAUGAGUUUUUAUUGUUUUGUCGAAGAUUUUUAUUGAAAAUUUUGACGUGAAUGGGAAUUUUGUCAUCUUCAUGGCAGUGGCGAAUUCGAAGCCAAUCCGACAACUUGGUUAUGAUAUAUGCACAUUUUAAAUCAUCAUCAUUAUUUAUUUCUUUAGGGCCUGUUCAUAUGGGCAAAAAUUAUCCCGGUUAACGAGAAAACUUUUCGACUAGCCAAAUACUUUUGUUCUGUUCAUAUGGAGAAACGUUAUCUUACCGGGUAAAGUUUCUGACUGUGACGUAGCUGCCUCCUCCGCAGGCUCCUCUAUAUAGAUCAAGUUUAAAUAUCGGUAAUAUAUAGAUAACAUCAAUUGAAUUGAAAAGUUGCUGAUACGACAGAAAGUUAUCCCGCUAAGCGGGAAAAUUGUGUUCAUAUGGGAGAAACAUUAUCCCGGUCACCGAGAUCUCGCCUGUCAACAGGCGAGAUCUCGGUACACGGGAAAACGUUUCGUCUCAUAUGAACGCAGUGUAACUUUUCAUAUUAUUUUCAUUCCAAGGCGAGGUCUCGCUUGUACUGUAAACUUGUCGAAAACGUUUUCUCGCUGACUGGGAUAACUUUUGCCCAUAUGAACAGGCCCUUAGAAAAUGACUGUUUUUACGGUCUUAUGCAUGAACACAGAAAUAUUUGCAUAGCAUAAUCAAAUUGUCGGGCUAGCUUCGCCACUGCCUCACUGAUCCAAAGGAUAUAUACUACAGCUGCACUCAAAUAUUUCUAAAAGGAAAGCGACAAAAAUUUACUUAAAUAGAAAAAUAAAGCAUUAAUGUAGCAUUUUAGCAUUAACUUAGUAUCAAAUUAGUGGGUCUUUGCCCUCGGGAAAUAUCGUCAAUUCAAGCAAUAAUUCGCCGAAUCGCCAUGCACGCUCCAGGUCAAUAGAUGAUAAAUAUUAAAUGCGAGAAUAUUACAUCGGCAAAAUAUAAAUAAUUGUGCAAAAUUUUAGGCACAAUGUUCUGUGAUUGAUGUACACUAAUGUCAGCGUUAAGUUUUUGAUUAAUAUUUAUAGUCUGGUUUUGAAUCCGGAUAUCAAAUUUGAGAAAUGCAGUUUGCAUGGAAGAGCAGGUUCUCUCAUAAAUAUGUCAUGAGAUAGUAUUGUCAAAACGAUAAUUAAUGCUGUACAAAUUUCCAAAUUGCUUGUUACGUCUUAUUAAGGGAAACCAUUUGAACUUUUUGUACUUUUAUUAGCUGGAUUUUACAAAAACUCGUUAUAUGACAUGUUGCAAUAGACCAAAUAUUGAUGUUUCCUAAUACCUGUAAUCUAUUCCGCGGUUUUGCAAAAGUCGCGUCCGUUGGCAGGUUAUCCUCCCCGGAGUAUACCGUAUUUUCCAUAUAGUGGAUAGGUCAGUGCAAAGAACUAUUGAAAUAUUUACUGCCGUGUGUUUGUCGGUGAUCCAAGUUUUGGCAUUUUGUAUGUACUUUAAUGUUUGGUUAAGUAUUGCCACAAUUGCCGAGGUGUACUCUAUUUGGACAAAUCUCGUACUGAAAUCUGAUCUUGUUCAUGGUUUGUUUCAAAUCUGUAGUUUCAUGGGUUUUUAAAGGUAUCGAUCCAGAACAUUUGUGUGCUUGACUGAAAAAUACGGUAUUGUGCUAGAUUUUGCAAAGAACUACGGACUGCCGCAGAUUGGUUGUAAAUUUUUUAAUGAUAACUAAAAGAUAAAAUCUUGCAUAAUUAUAUGCCGCGUGUAUACAAGACGAACUUCUGCCUUCUGUAACCAAAUUUUUAAACGUCUUUACGUGUAGUUGAACAGAACUGAUUCGUGUUUUGAGGUAUAUUAAUACUUUUUACAGUGUUGAACUUCGAGAGAAAACUGGAAUUAGCGUUGUAGAAUUUGAAAUAUUUUCUUUUCAGUGCAUUAUCCAACUUACGGAAUUGUGGAUUUUGAAACUGAUUACACUCCACAAAGAAUAUAUACCUCAAAAUUCCAUAUUCUCGUGGAGAUUGCCUUGCAAAACGUUUUAAUUUACGAUCCUACAAUUUGCCGAACAAAUAGAUUUUUGAACAAUGGGAACAUCAAGCGAGGCUGAUUCUAGCAAACGUACCGAAGAAUUAAGACAAAAACUAGACGAACUACGGGAAUCGAGAGAAACUACAGAGGAGACCCUCUCGGAUUGCCGCAUGAGAUGGGAACGAAUGAAAGAGGAGGAAAUAAAAUUCGCCGAUCCCGAGGAUGUUGAAGGACUGCUGGAGAGCUACGAUGACGACUGCGGUGGAACUAGUCAGCGAAGUUCCGCAAUAGAACGAACAUUUAUGGAUGGCGGUGAAGGAAUGGGGAUGCCUGAUGAUCACGAGGAACAAUCGUUGUGUUCGGUAUUGAAUAUUAUUUGGAUGGAAUUGAUUGGACUGGUUUUGACUGUGUAUACGUUCAUACGUGCCUCAAAACGUAAAGAAUAAGUUUUUAAGUAUAGUAAUUGUAUUAUAGCGAGAAAAUUCAAGAUUUUAGCACUUUAUUGUUCAUUUUAGUACUGAACUAAAGUACCAUAAUAUAUGCC